CGACCAAAUUAUUAUUCAAGCAGCUAGUAGCCAUCUCGUUCGAUCAUUACGUACUGGGAGCUCGCUGAUCGAUAGAGCGACGGACGGCCGGCAAUAAUGGCGGCGAUGGGUAGCUCAUCCCGCAGCAGGAAGCAGCAGGCCAUGACCACCUUGCUGCUGCUGCUGCUGCUGCUGCUGGGCGUUGUUGUUCCGCCGGCGUCGGCGUGCGGCGGUCACCCGUGCCCGAAGCCGGCGGGCAAGUGCCCGGUGAACGCGGUGAAGCUGGGGGUGUGCGCGGACGUGCUGGACGGGCUCAUCCACGCGGAGGUGGGGAAGCCGCCCAAGGAGCCCUGCUGCUCCCUCAUCUCCGGCCUGGCCGACCUGGAGGCCGCCGUCUGCGUCUGCCUCGCCAUCAACGCCAACGUCCUUGGCGUCGGCCUCGACGUCGCCGUCGACCUCUCCCUCCUCGUCAACUACUGCGGCCGCACCGUGCCCGCCGGCUUCCAGUGCGCAUAGCCAUAGCCGCCUCGUACGCCCAGUACUGUGCACUGCAUGCAUGCAUAUCUAUCAGCGCUACCGAUCGAUCGACAAUGUCUGUGUCUAUAUAUCCGUCAUGUCUAUGCUUCUGUUAGCAAUAAUCUCUGUGUGUGUGUGUGUGUGUGGGGUCCCCAAAAGAAAGGAAUAAGAUCCAAGCGCAUGCAUGAAUGUUUAA